AUGGUGAAGUUCCUAAAGCCGGGCAACGCGGUGAUCGUGCUGCAUAGCAGGUACGCCGGGAAGAAGGCGGUGAUCAUGCGCGUGUUCGAGGAGGGCACCCACGACCGCCCCUAUGGGUACUGCCUGGUGGCCAGCCUAGCCAAAUACCCGAAGAAGGUGAUCCGCAAGGACUCGACCAAGAAGAUGGCCAAGAAGUCCCGCGUAAAGGUUUUCCUCAAGCUCGUCAACUACACCCUCGACGUCGACCUCAAGGAGGUGGUCUCCCACGCCCCCGACUCCCUCACCACCAAGGACAAGAAGCUCAUCGCCGCCAAGUCCGCCAAGGCCAAGCUCGAGGAGAGGUUCAAGACCGACAAGAACAGGUGGUUCUUCACCAAGCUCCGUGUCAAGGGAACAAAACAAAAAUUGUCCGAGGACCUUGAGUUAAAUCGAGCACAAUUGGUGGCUGUGAAGGCCAAACCAGAGGAGGUGAAAAAGUUAACCAGGAAGGCACACAGUUGCCUUAUAGCACCCGAGUCCAUAGGUCAGUUGCAGAAAGAUUUGGAUGCGGCCAGAGAAUCUCAAAGGUAUACCGAAUCACAGCACGAAGCCGGCCACCGGGUACUGUCCCACAGUCUUGAUGGAAAGAACGAGCUCAAGGCGGAAAACCAGCGACAUGCCGAAGAAAUUGAGAGGUUAAAAACUCAACUUCUAGAAGACCAUGAAGAGAGCCAGAGAUUAAAAGGUGGCAUGUUUGGUGAAUGA